GAAGCGCAGAGGGGAGUUGGAGAGAAAUCCCAGAACAGGAGAAGGAGCCCGGGAAGCAACUAGACAGGGAGGGACAAGUCCUACAAGUAGUACAGAGUGGGAUUUGGGUCCAAGAUAAGCAUGUCUUCUGAGCUGACUUGCCGACCUCUGCACCCUUGGCUCCUGAGUUGCCUGGUGUUCCUUGCUUUUCUAUCCAGCACUUCUACAUUCAGCCUGGACUUUGCAGAACAUCGGAAUAAAGCAGCCAAGAUCAAAAUCCAUCCCAGAGGCAACCUCUGGGCCACAGGUCACUUCAUGGGCAAGAAAAGUGUGGAGCCCCUGGCGUUCUCAUCUCCUGACACAACUUCCCGCACCACCCUGGAGGAAAUGAAAGAUCGGCUAAGUCAUGAGUUAGUUAGGAUUCUCCGGCUAAAGAAAUCCCUGGGCAUGAACGAAGAGGGCCCUGCAGUGAGUGCCCAGGAUCUAUGGAUGCUGGUUCAGCAACUGGAGAAGUAGUCAGGUCACCAGUACCUACAGCUCACACUGUACAGAUCAUGAAGCUGCAUGGAGUUGAGACCACGACCACUGGGGGCUACUGCUACAAUCUGAUGAAGAGUAGUUUCAGGUCCUUGUUGUUACAUCAUUUCUAUCAUCUUUGACUAAGGUUACUCACUGUUAACACUGUUCUUUAAGACAUAAAUGGUAUCUCUUCGGCAUACUUUUUUCCUCCUGAAUCCUUGAUGACGUUGUGAA